AUGGUUGCCGACGCGCUGACCAAGGCACUGGACAAGCAGACCUUGGAGCAGCACCUGCCACGACUGGUGGGAACCUCGACGGCUGUGUUGAGAGUCAGAUUCAAGAUGGACCUGCCCAAGUUCUCUGGCUCGCCCGGCACCUUUCAUGCGUGGAGCAUUCGCAUGAAGAUGGCGCUCAAGCUCCGCGGCGACGACGUCUGGGCAGCUGUGGAGGCAGGAGCAUCGUCAUCGGGAGGUCCAAGCUCAGCGACACGCUCAAGUGCAAGGAGACCGACAGCAGGAGAUCACGCCAACCUCACCGCUGCAAACCUCAUCGCGUCCACGCUCUCAGGCUACCCCCUUCUCCUCUUCACCAACGGAGAAGCAGACGUCAACGCCGGCCAAGGAUGGGCCCGGCUCAAGGACCACUACGCUUCGCAGGACCGCCUCCGCAUCGCAGAGCUCAAGGAGGCGCAGCUUCACGUCCCCUGCGGCAACCUCGCCCGCUUCUUCGAGCGACAAAUGGAGCUGCAGCAGCAGUUGCAGGACGCAGGCGUGCGCCAGGACAACGAGGACCUCUUCACCAUCGUCUGGAAGCAGCUGCCACGCUGGACAGCCCCGCUCACGCUUCCCUACUUUGCCAGUGGCCGCUUUCCCUCCCUCCUCGAGCUCAGCAUCAGGCUGCAGCAGCUGGAGCAGCAGAUGCGUGGUUCACGCACACAGCCGCAGGCAGGCGGCUUCAUGGCAAGCGCACCGCCACGCAGAGGCGGAAGACGCGGCUUCUCCAACAACAGCAACAACCACGGACGCCAGGGACGCAACAAUGGCAACAGCAACGGCAACAGCAACGGCAAAGGGCGCCGCUUCCGUGGCAACUGUCACUACUGUGGCAAGUAUGGACACCGUGCAGCAGAGUGUCGCAAGAAGCAACGCGACAACGGAGCAACAGGCUUCACUGCACAGGCACAGCAUCAACAUGGUCAAAACGCAGCAACCUUCGUCGCUGCCACAGCUACUACACCCACGCAGCUGCACGACCCACUCACGUGGCUUGCAGACACGGGUGCUUCACACCACCUCACCUUCGUCAAGGACGCCUUCGUGGAGCUGACACCGCACCUGCAACAGCACCAUCCACGCCACAUCACUGCGUUUGGCGGCACACGUGUGCCCGUGCGCGGUGUUGGCUUUGUGCUGUUGCAUGCACGCACGACGAGCGGAGCCACGAUGCAGAUUGUGUUGCAGGAGUGCCUCUACGUGCCCGAGGGCCAGGCCAACCUCAUCGCCCUCGGUCGUCUGACCAGGGACAGCAGCGGCAGGCCAACGGGCCACUCGCAGCGUGAUGGCGCUGAUGGGCACUACGUGCGCUUCAGCCACGGAGCCGAGGUCAAGCUGAAGGAGCGCAACAGCCUCCGAUGCUGGCCCAUUGUUGCUGCCGAUGAUGUCGUGGAUGAGGGGGAGGAGCAAGUGCAGACAUCCACGACAUCGUCCAUGCUCCAGCUUCCCAGUGCACGUGACAGCAGCAACAGCACCACUGACGGUGAGCCACCAACGGUUCACAUCGACGAGGAGCAGGACGAGGAUGUCGAGACAGACUUCCUGCUCACGGACUUUGACGCCAACAGCAGCAGCGACACCAACGACGCCAACUACGACCCCGACACAACAGAUGCAAGCGACACCGAGGCAGGCGCGUUCACAGCAAGCAGCAGUGGCGACACCAGCCUCACGGAGCCUGCAAGCAUCAAGCAAGCACUCAAGAGCCAGCAACGCAAGCAGUGGACUCAGGCAUGCUUGGAGGAGAUCGGGGCGAUGGAGCGCAACGGCGUCAUCAAGCUCAUCCCACGCAGCGCCGUGCCACGGCAACACACGCCCCUCAAGUCACGCUUCGUCUUCAAGGUGAAGCGUGAUGCGGAAGGCACGCUGACGCGCUUCAAGGCACGCUGGGUCGCCAAGGGCUUCAGCCAGCGACCGGGCAUCGACUUCCACCAGACCUACGCCCCAACACCAGCAGCCAAGACCAUCCUCACUGUGCUCGCCGUGUCCCUGCAACGACAGCACCAGCUGCACCAGCUCGACUUCAAGUCGGCUUACCUGCAGGCUGAUCUCAAGGAGGAGCUGUACAUGGAGCUGCCGCCGCACUUCACCGACAUCGACGACGGCGCUCAACGCUACGCGGGCAAGGUGUGCCGGCUGCUCAAGCCGCUCUACGGCCUCAAGCAAGCUGGCCGUGCAUGGGCCAAGAAGCUGCACACCUUCCUCAAGACCAACGGAUGGGCGCAGAGCCACGUCGACGCAUGCCUCUUCACCAAGCUCCACGACGACGGACAGCGCACAUGGAUCAUCACGUACGUCGACGACCUCAUCAUCAGCGGCAGCAGCGAGCGCCACAUCCGUGCCUGCAAGCAGCAGAUCAAGGAGAGCUUCGAGGCAGAGGACCUGGGCCCGCUCACCUGGUACCUGGGCCUUCACCUGACGUCACCAGCUGACGGGGUGUUGCACAUUGCGCAGACUCAGGCCAUCAACGACAUCGUCAACGACUACAACCUGGCAGCGGCAGCCAGCGUGUCCACGCCCAUGCGUGUUGGCAUCGACGCCUCCAGCAUCAGCGAGCAGCCCGACCGACGCCUGCCUUUCCGCAACCUCGUCGGCUCGCUCCUGUACCUGGCCAACCGCACGAGACCAGACGUCAGCUUCGCGUGCGGACUGCUCUGCCGUUACAUGGACCCUUCGGCACCGACCAGCUGA